AUGUUACAAAGUGCGAGGAGCUGGAGGCAACAUGAACAGAAACAAAACCAAGACAGCAGAAACAGAGGAAGUGGCAGGUGUAGCACAUGUAUCCUAAGUUGUGUGAGGAGUGCAGCAGGGUUAAUCCGUGUGUCUGGGUAUGAAGGGAGAGAAGUUAAAGUUUCUUGUCCCUACAGAGAGGGUUAUGAGUCUUAUGAGAAGUACCUGUGCAAGAAUAAUUGUGGGAGUGAUGAUGAUGUUCUUAUUACGACGACAGAAGCAAAGAAGAACAGAUACUCCAUCCGUGAUGACAGACAGGUCUUUACUGUGACCAUCUCUGCUUUGAGUCGUACGGAUGCUGGGAAAUACUGGUGUGGGAUUACCAGAACUGGUUAUGAUACCUACCCUGCGGAAGUAAAACUGGAAGUAAAACAAGACAGCUGCUGUGAUCAUUCCACCAAAGUCCAACGUUAUGAGGAGAGUUCGGUGUCCUUCAGUUGUCCGUAUGAGUCUGAGUACCAGAACAGCCUCAAGUACAUCUGCAGAGGAAACCAGCCCUCCACAUGUCUGCAGCACGCACUAAUCUCCUCUGACAACAAACAAAAGGGACAGUUCACACUUACAGAUGACAUGGCAUCCAGGAAAUUCACAGUGACCAUUACCAGUUUGACCCAAAAGAAUUCUGGGUCAUACCUUUGUGGUGUCCAUGGAAACACUGGCCUGGAUGUUUUCUCUGCUUUUGAGCUAGAAGUCAAAGGCUUUCAGCAGACCAGCACUGUGAUGUCUACUAUCAAUGUGGUUCCUACCUUCACCAUGGUGGAAGCAACACCUAUCCCUGGAAAAGAGAUCAAAGAUGCAACACUCUUUUACUCUGUGAUUUUCAUCGUGCCCGCUGUGCUGCUCAUACUGACAUUUGCACUGGUCAUAGUUUAUAAAUACAAAUGUUACAACGUGCGAGGAGCUGGAGGCAACAUGAACAGAAACAAAACCAAGACAGCAGAAACAGAGGAAGUGAUAAGUGUAUCAGAUAUUUACCAAAAUCAAGACGUAGUGUACUCAAAGCAGCGGACCUCCAAACCACAGAGCGCCUGUCAACACCAUGAUGACACAGGUGAAGCCGAACAAGAUUCUGUGUACCAAAAUGUCACCACAACAGAUGAUAUCUACUGUAAUCAAAUUAUCAUCAAAGCCAAUAGGAGAUGAACAGCAUGCACAUCUGUGAUCAAACCUUGCAUUUUCAGGUCACAUCUGUACCCAAAUGAUCCUGUUUGUAUCUCAAUUAACAGUUGACCAGCAAAUAUUCACGUACCGCUAUGGUCCAACCUUUCCAUUGUCUUACUGAAAACUACAGUAACAUAAUUAUUUGUACAGAUUUGUUUGAUAUGAAGUACUUAUUGUCAUUGCUUAUUUAAUUUCUUCAACUUACAUUUUACAUUUUUGCUUUUACUUUUACAUUCAUUUUGAUUGCUUAUUGUUAAUAUAACUGUUGCACACCUGCAAUAUAAGAAUUGUAGGCAUGAUAACCAGUUCACCUACAAGAUAAAUACACCAAAUGUAAGUUACCUUCAUGAAUGCACUUUUACUUAAGGUGAAUAAAUAAACAAAAUGAAACAACUGA